AUGGACGACGCACCACAGCUCCUCGAGUACGAGACGCAAAGCGUGUCCUUCGUACCGCACGAUACAAAAUGGAUCCCGACUUCUGCCCGGUUCGUAGCCAUAGGCGUCUAUCCGCUCAAUUCGACGGGGGCACUGGCUGUCUACAGCCUCAAGCAGGGCAAACUCGAAACGCUCGCGAUGCACGAAAAGCUACAGGGUCUCAAGUGCGGCACAUUUGGAGCUUCGGCAAUGGCAGAGCGGCACUUGGCAACUGGUGAUUAUCGAGGUGUCCUGAGUGUCUGGGACCUGGAGACGGCUGACGUGCCUCUGUACUCGGUACAGGCGCACGAGUCCAUUGUCAAUGCAAUUGAUGGGUGUGGUAGACAAAGCAGUAGCUGCGGAGCUCCAGAGCUCGUCACAGGCGGUCGUGACGGCUUCAUGCGGGUGUGGGACACGCGGGUGGCCAAGUCAGUUGCGACACUGGCCAGCGGGGACCAAGAUGGAGCACAAGAGUGCUGGACCGUGUGCUUUGGAAAUGCGCGUAGUGGCUCUGACCGCUGCGUCGUGGGCGGCUAUGACAAUGGUGACGUUAAAAUGUUUGACCUGCGGACGAACUCGAUCCGGUGGGAGACCAAAUGCCACAGCGGCGUCGUGAACGUGCAGUUCGAUGGCGACGAUUGCGCACCGGUCUACUUCUGGCAAGGGCGCUUCUUGCCGCAGAACCGCGAUCUGUUAAUGACUUGUGGAGGCAACGGCGGCUUGAAUUUGUACAAAUACCACACUUCGCUCUCGAAAGAGGCCACGAAGGCCGAUAGACGGCAGUAUGGCACCAGUGGCACGGUGGAGCUGCUCAACUCCUGGGUGGUGUCUACACGACCGUUUGUAAGCAUGGACUGGAGCUCGGAUCGUGAAGGCCUCUGCACCUUCGGGUGCUUAGAUCAGACUGUUCGCGUCUACGUUGUGACGGGGACGAACGAGUGCUAG